AUCUCACGUUGUCUAGAAGUUAAAGAAUGAGCGGGGAUCGUUUUCCACUGGCUGCACUUCUUAUUGUCUCUUGAUUCUUGACUUCCACAUUUUAUUUCUUGUCUCGAAUCCGUGGUGAGAGGAAGCCAUUGUUUAGUUUCGCGCCAAUAUUUGACAGUUGUUUAUUUUUUUUUUACGCAAGACAAGACACCUGUUAAAAGUCUGGUGCGUUUUGGUAACAUUUGAUGUCUGUUGUUUGUGAGAAUGGUGAAAUUUUGGUGGAUGUUCCUGUUGUUUGCCAAAACGGCCUCGGCUAGUGAUAAUGAGUUACCCGAUUCAGAGUCAGAGAAAAGUUCAAGAUUUCUUCCCCUGUUCGAGAUGAAGCGGUAUGACAGGCCGAUGGGGCCUGGUCUUCCACCACUAACAUCUGUUCCAGUUGCGGGGGAAAGAUGCUCGGCUCGCCUUGAAUCUGCACUGGAGCAGAUAAAACGAAGAAAGAGGAAUCAGCCUAAAAGCUUAGACACCCCAUUGAGUCAAAGCAUCGAUCUCAACGGCUACAGUUUGCACCAAGCACUGAGAACCGCCCCCGUCGAUAUGUAUGUAACAAGGAUGCGGGUGCGACUACCACAAAACUCGAAUUGGGUUCGCGUUGAAAAAUGUUAUUUCGAUCCAAGAAACGUUUCCCUCGACACAAUGCUACUAUUUCACGAUUUAACCAUAAGCGGCAACGUAGACUUAUAUGAAGCAAACGAUCUUGAUCGUAACGUGCCACAAAAUCGAAGACUAAGAAGGAAUUACGCUGAUUUACAAUACGACUCUUAUACAGGAUACGCGAAGCGCAACACAAAUGGGUGUAACAUGAUACUAAGACUGAGAAAGGCCGGGAUUGGAUUCCACACUCGGCCGCUGAAUCAGCAGCCCGGCAAAUUCAACGUUAAAACUGAUUCAGAGUUCGUUGAACCAGGCUUCAUCAGCGUUUACGCUUAUGGUUGUGAGAAAUAUGUGAACAGAAACUCCAUAAAGAACAAGGACAAUUUGCCUUUGAAACGGAAACGACGUUCUGAUGAAUUCUCAUUCGAACCACAUUUAGAGACUCCUUCUGAGGAAGAAAACUUAAAUGGCAGAACAUCAAACGAUUGGGAUUAUAUGUAUGAAUCGAGUAACAACAGAGUUAAUUACGAAAGGAGUAAACUCUUUCGACCUGAAGAUGAGUUAGAUGAGGUGGAAGAUAUUUCGCGUGAAAUGGAGGAUAUUUUUACGAAGGGAAUAAGGACGCUUUUAACCACAUACAUGAAGAAAGAAUUACAGCCCGCGAUCAAGGAUACGUUAAUGAGGAAUAUGGGUUACGUGAUCUCAUAUGGAUGAUGAUAAUCUUUUUAUUGUACAAAAGUUGCAUACCUAUAAGGGCAAAUACGAUGAUUAAUAAGUUUUUUGGAUUAGGUUACUUUCCUUUUGAAUAUGCGGUUUUAUAUUACAGCAUUUCUUAGACAUUAAUUUGAUCUUUUUGAAACCGCUG